GGCAAGAAUGUUAAGAAAAUAUGCUCAUGUUAUGGCUGCUUCGAAUAAUAAUGCUCCUCCUCAACCUUUAAAUCGAGGAAGAUAUGUGCAUCCACGUCACGGCAAUAAAUUUGGAAAUUAUUUAAACAAAAAUUCACAUCAAAGAAAUCCUCAAGGAUUGGGGGAACCACAAGGGUUGGAUGACUAUUUUGAUGAAGAUUUUGUGGAAGAAAAUAAUGGGAGGGAAGAGGAGGAAGAAGAAGAAUAUCAAGAUUUUAGGGGAUCUGAUUCUGGAAAAGGAGAAGAGAAAAAUGAUGUAAAAGAAGAGAAAUAUAUACAAGAAAAUGUUGAAAUUACUUUAAAAAAAGCAAGGCCAAAAGAAUUUAUUCUACCUAAAAGCAAAACAAACCAAAUAACAACAGAAAAGAUUAAAGAUGAACAACCUAUUGUUGAUAUUUCUUUCACCAAAAAUAACUCCGUAAAUCAAGAUUUUAGCCGGUGCGCUAAUUAA